UCGAUGUCGAUCUCGUUCAUAUAAACAAAUCUAUCACCGGCGAUAAUUCAAAACCCAAAUUCUCACCGGCGAUCGGGUUCGUGAAGAUGGUGGGGAAGUCAGUAAAAUUAUCUUCAAAAGACAAUACAUCUAAUUUAGUUGCUAGAAAGCUCAACGUGUGCGGCAACAAAGGAGUUUUUUCUUCGCGAAAACCUGCAGCUGAUCUUGCAGGGGAUUUAUCUGAUAUCCGUGAUACUGAGGUUGCUGGUUAUCUAAGUAAUAAAGAAGAAUUCAUUUUGAAGAAGAGAGCAUGGGAAUUGAUGAACCCUGAAUACCAAAAGGGAAAGAGGAGGAAAGUUACCACUGUGAGAAAGAAGGAUCCUGCUAAUAAGACUGCUCCUAGUAAGAAAGCUUCUGCAACAAGAACCGAAAGCAAUGCAGAACCUGAAAAUGAAAAGAGACCGAGUUUGGAAAUCAAUUACGAUGUCUUGGAUAAGCUAUUUGAUCCUGAUAACUCUCCAAAGAGGGCUAAGCUAGGGAAAGCAGCCAGUGCUGGUGACCAAGUGGAAUAUUCAAAUCAAAGCAGUGAAGAAAGCCUUUUGAAACCUCAAGGUUCUGAAGAAGAAGAACCAGACUAUAGUGAGGAAUACAGUAAUGAAGAUGCGUAUAGAGGAGAUGAAGAAUGCUAUGGCGAUAAAGAUCUUGGAUUUGAAGAUGAAGUGGAGGAUGAAGUUGAAGAAGAAGAUGAUGGAGUUAUUUGGUGAUCUCAUCUCCUUAUGUUGUGAAGUGAUCUCAACAUGUCUUCUCUUCGUGUUUUUCUCAGAGCAUAUGUUUUUUUUUUAAGUCUAUAGUGAUCCUUACAUCUCUUUAUUUGAUUUAUCAUCUUCCUAUCUAAUAAAUGAAAGUCACCACAUUAAUCAGCGAUUGGCUCUA